AUGUCGGUGGAUGAGAAACUAUAUUCUGAAGUAUUAGAAAGAUUGAGCAAGCUUUCCAUAGAUUAUUUGAAGUUUGAUCAUGAUGUUACCCCAAAUAUGGAAUCUAUGGGAAAUGUACUCAAAGAAGAGGCAAAAAAACACAAUACUGAUUUUGCAAAAAAUCUAUUAAUAAAAUCAAAGGGUAACGAAGGCCUAUUUUUCGUUUUGGCUCACCAUAAUACCGAUACAAAGAUGAAGAAUCUUGGGCAAAUCUUUGGUGUGAACGGAAAUAAGCUCAGAUUGGCUGAUGAAGAUGUUUUGACCGAACUGCUUAAGGUAAAAAGAGGCUGUUUGACUCCUCUAUCUUUAAUCUUUGAGAAAUCAGGGGAAAUUCAAGUUUACUUUGACGAAAGUCUCAAAGAUAAAAAGGUAUUUGUACAUCCAUUAAUCAAUACCGAAAGCUUUUCAAUUCAUAUUAAUGAUUUGGUAAAAUUUGUUGAAUCAUGUGGAAAGAAAGUUAACUGGUUUUCUAUGGACAAUUUAGAAGAACAGAAGCCGACAGUAAAGUCGGAAGAGUCUAAGGAAAACGAAAGUUUACUUGGUAUAACAGUAGACAAAAUUGCAUCUUUUGCAGACUGGUAUUCCCAAGUUAUAAUAAAGUCUGAAAUGAUUGAAUAUUAUGAUAUUUCUGGGUGUUACAUAUUACGUCCAUGGAGUUACUUUAUUUGGGAAACAAUUCAAAAUGUUUUUGACAAGAAAAUUAAAAACUACGAUGUACAGAAUGCUUAUUUCCCUAUAUUUGUAACACAGAAGAAAUUAGAAACUGAAAAGGACCAUGUUGAAGGUUUUUCCCCUGAAGUCGCAUGGGUAACUAAAUCAGGAAAAUCAGAUUUGGCUGAACCAAUAGCGAUUCGACCGACAUCUGAAACCAUUAUGUAUCCAUACUUUGCCAAAUGGAUUAGAUCUCAUAGGGAUUUACCGAUUAAGAUAAAUCAAUGGAAUUCCGUUGUAAGAUGGGAAUUUAAACAUCCAACUCCCUUUAUUAGAACACGUGAAUUUUUGUGGCAAGAGGGUCAUUCAGCUCAUUCUACAAGAAGAGAGGCUAUGGAAAUGGUUGACAUUAUUUUAGAUGAUUAUGCAUCUAUUUAUGAAGAUUUGUUAGCAACUCCUGUAAUUAAAGGUACCAAGUCUGAAGGUGAAAAAUUCCCAGGAGGUGACACAACUAAGUCGAUUGAAGGAUUCAUUUCAGAAAUUGGUCGUGCUGUUCAAGCGGCAACCUCACAUUUACUUGGUCAAAACUUCAGUAAAAUGUUUGGUAUUGAAUUUGAAGAUGAGAAAGGACACAAAGAAUAUGCUCAUCAGACUUCUUGGGGUUUAACUACAAGAGCCAUUGGCGUUAUGGUUAUGACACAUGGAGACAAUAAAGGUCUAGUUUUACCACCAAAGGUUGCUCCUGUACAAGUUGUAAUUAUUCCCAUCAUUUUUAAAACUGUAAUUACUGAAGAACAGAAGGAAAUUUGCAAUGAAGUAGAGAGUAUUUUGAAGAAGGCUGGAAUUAGAGUCAAGAUUGAUGAUAGAUCUAAUUAUACUCCUGGUUGGAAAUAUAACCAUUGGGAAGUUAAAGGUGUAUGUUUGAGAUUUGAAAUUGGCCCACGUGAUAUUGAGAAAAGAAGUGUUCGUGUUGUUGUUAGAGAUAAUAUGGACAAGAUGGAUAUUCCUAUCUCUGAAUUGGAGUCUAAAAUACCAAAGUUAUUGGAAGAAUUCCAAAAUAGAUUGUUCUCCAAGGCUAAGCAGAAACAACUCGAAAAUAUUGUAAAUGUUGACACAUUUGAUAAAGUAAUGGAUGUAUUGAACCAAAAGAAGAUGGUUUUAGCUCCUUGGUGUGAGGAAGUUUUAUGUGAGGAAGAGAUUAAAAAAGAAACUGCAAGACUAAGUUUGGAUAAUGAAGACAAUCAGACAAUGACUGGUGCAAUGAAGUCACUAUGUAUUCCUAAAGACCAGCCACAUAAACUAGAAGAAGGAAAGACUAAAUGUUUCUUCUGUGACAAGUUUGCAAAGAGAUAUACAUUAUUUGGAAGAAGUUACUAA